AGAGGGACAGGCUGCCAGGGCUCGGGCGCUUCUCGGCGGGAGCUCGGCUCUCUUCCCUGCCGGCCACGAUGCAGGAAGCAGCUGGAGUCCUGAAGGAGGGCUUCCUCGUCAAACGGGGACAUAUUGUUCGUAACUGGAAAGUGAGAUGGUUCGUUCUGCUUCAGGAUAAGCUGCUGUAUUACAAAAUUGAAGGAGGCAAGAAGGAACCUUCUCCAAAGGGCAGGAUCCUUUUGGAUGGCUGCACUAUUACUUGUCCAUGCCUGGAAUAUGAAAACAGACCGCUACUCAUCAAACUAAAGACAAAAACCAACACAGACUAUUUCCUUGAAUGUUGCUCCAGGGAGGAGCGAGACUCUUGGGCUUUGGACAUCACUGGAGCUAUUCAUGCUGGUCACCCAGUACAGGUACAAGAGCUUCACAGAAUGAAGAACUCUUUCAAACUACUAGAGAAUAUCAGCCUCCACCACAUAGUGGAGAGAAUGUGUGACAGCAGUACUGGAAUUAAGCUGACUCGCAACUUGGAGCACGGCAACAGAUACAAAGAGACCUUCACAGGUUCUGCCCUGGUGGACUGGCUCAUCUCCAAUAGCUUUGCCGUGUCACGAUUCGAGGCCGUCACCUUGGCAUCCAUGCUGAUGGAGGAGAAUUUCGUCAAGCCCGUGGGAACCCGCAGCACCGAGGCCACGCGCUACAGUGACCUCUCUGAGCAGUUCCUGGACGACUCCACCGCACUGUACAUGUUUGCUGAGAGCAGUAAGAAAAACACCAUUUCCAAGGAAGAGCUGCAAUUUAACAUCUCUGAAUUAAGUGGCACAAUUGUGAAGCAAGGAUUCUUAGUGAAACAGGGGCACAAGAGAAAAAACUGGAAGGUGAGGAGAUUUGUUUUGAGAGCUGAUCCUGCUUUUUUGCACUACUAUGACCCCACCAAGGAAGAAAACAGGCCAGUAGGUGGCUUUUCUCUUCGUGGCUGUCUUGUCUCAGCUCUGGAGGACAACGGAGUCCCAGCAGGAGUGAAGGGCAAUGUGCAAGGGAACCUCUUCAAAAUCAUCACCAAAAAUGACAUUCAUUAUUAUAUCCAGGCCAGCUCCAAGGCAGAGCGAGCACAGUGGAUUGAGGCAAUCAAACCACUGACAUGAGUAAGAUGGACUCCAUGCCAAAUUCCAAGUCACAUUUGUGACCAAGUUUCCUGCUCUCAUUGUCUGGGAGUGUUGUUUUUCCCUUAGAUAGUGUAUUUUUGUUAUUUGUAUCA